CCGCAGGCGGCGCGGGCGGUGAGAUGCCAGGGAGGGAGAGGACUCCCCUUCCCCUCUCCUUUGGGCCUAGAUCUUCGCGGGUGGAGGGUGCAGUGGACUGAGGGAGGGCGUCCCAGCUACCGUGUGGGUGUUGGGGAACUCCCGCCUCGCUCCGGCUUCCCUGGUGCGAGUCCCAGAGCCGCGGAUUCUUGCCUGGUCCCGGAGUGGAGAUUGAUCCUGCGGGAGAAAGGGGCUCGUCAUGGCGGAUGACCUAAAGCGAUUCCUGUAUAAAAAAUUACCAAGCGUUGAAGGACUCCAUGCUAUUGUUGUGUCAGAUAGAGAUGGAGUCCCCGUUAUUAAAGUGGCCAAUGAUAGUGCCCCAGAGCAUGCGUUGAGACCUGGCUUCUUAUCUACUUUCGCCCUUGCAACAGACCAAGGGAGCAAACUUGGACUUUCAAAAAAUAAAAGUAUCAUCUGUUACUAUAACACCUACCAGGUGGUUCAAUUCAAUCGUUUACCUUUGGUCGUGAGUUUCAUAGCAAGCAGCAAUGCCAAUACAGGACUCAUUGUCAGCCUAGAAAAGGAACUUGCUCCGUUAUUUGAAGAAUUGAGACAAGUUGUGGAAGUUUCUUAAUCCGGCAGUGGUUUUGAUGUACCCCUUAUUUUCAUUAUAACAGACACAAUAUCAAUCCAGCAAUCUUUAGACCACAACAGUGCUUGUAUCCAUGUACUCAAGAAAGGGCCCCUUUUCCCACCUGACACUAAAGAAAGAACCCAUAGAUAUAAUUUAUGGACAGAUUGAUACCUUUUCUUGUGCAGGGUCUUUUCCUGAUGUAGUGAGAUAUGGGGAUACCACGGAGAUGGUUCAGUACAUCACAGCUCCCAUGGAGUUAACCCAGGCACAAAUAUGCAUGAGAUUCUAUUCAGUGGGUCAGAAUCAAAAUGGUACUCGGAUCCACUUGAGCCAUUAAGUGCCCCCUAUUAUACAGUAUGCCCAGGCCUGCAGAGUGAAGCAGACCCUUUUAAUUGUGAGUAGUAAUGAGGACAUAUUUUUCUUUAUAUUGUUUUAUUUCUUAGCAUGGAGUGUGAGGAAGAUAAAGCAGCUUAGUAAAAGUAAUAAAAUCAGUACAAUCACUAACUUUUGUAUGUAUAUAGUAUUUUGCAAUGUAGAUGAAUAUUACUGAUUUGAUUCUUCUCAGAGGGUGCUGCUCUUUAAUGAAAAUUGAAGAUGAUAGCUAACGGUUUAUUUGCUCCACUCUGCUUUCUAUAACCAAUUGGUGCUGUAAUGUUUGUGUGUUCUUUAUAAAAUUUAGAAGUGAUUCAUGAUUGAAUUCUGCUUCCAGUAUUGGUAUGUAUGUAAACAUGGUAGUACAGCCUUUUUUUUUCAUACUUGAGUAUAAAUAAAAUAGUAUUUUUUAAAGUAUAGUUUGAGCACUAAAUAGGUUCCUUUUCCAGCUUCCUUUAAAAGUUUAGAGAAUAUAAUUAACUGAAUUCACUCUCACAACUACAUGAAAAAGCAGCGAGUGUUGCUUAUAGAUAGUGGUUUGGAGAUUGUUUCACCUAGUGUCAGUUGGAAAGCAAACCUUAUCCAUGAGCCUCAUUUAAUCUCUACAAAAGAGGUAUCUUCGUUCUAGAAUAUGCCCUUUACGUUCAGGAAGGCAGUCCAUCAUUCAGAGUUGUUAGUUUCCUCCUAGGUUCUUUGACAAUCAGAGUUUGUCACUGGUGGAGUUCAGUGCACAUGCAUCGAGCACCUGCUGUGUGCCAUGUCCCAGAGCUGCCACAUUGCAGAAUUCUAAGGAGGACAGGUCGCAUCCUAUUUCUGUGCUCCAGGGGAGCCUCUCGUGUGCAGUGUGUGAACACUCUCCCUGGAGUUGUGCAGUGAGGAGUCAGCCAGCGCGGUGCCUGCCUGCUUGCUCCCUCCCUCCUUCUCUUCCCCUCUCCCUGCUUCUUCUUUCUAUACAGAUAGGAAACUAAAUUGUGGUACCUUCCUUUAAAGAACUUAGAGCUCAGUAAAUAAAAACAGGUAUAGGAAGUGCUGUGAUAAAAAGCCCUCCAGCUGUCAAGCUGUUGAAACCCAGAAGGGGGGCAAAAGCAACAGCCUUUACGUGGACAUGGAGGCAAGAGGGCAUGUGUGCCCAUCAGGGAGCUAGAAAUAGUUCAUAAUAAUGCACGAGCUGUGCCUGUUACAAUCUAGAAUUCCCAUUAUCUGGAUUUUUCUUGCAUAGUGUCCAGGAGAUUGUUGCUUAUGUGUACUGUAGAACAUUAAUUUCAGGUAAUGAUGAUUGUAUACCUAAGAAUCCCGGGAAAGGAAACUGUCAUAAAUGGAGAUACUUUUAACCUUUGCAUGGUGAACACUACUUUUGCAUGGUGAAUACUGCUGCUAUGAAAAUUUCUGUUUGAAGGCGAUAGAUAAAUUGCUCUACAGUUUAUCUGGAAAAGUAAGUAGGUGAAAAUCAUUAAGAGAUGUUUGCAAAGCUAAUACAAAACUAGAUGAACUACUUUUUAAUUUUUUAAAAAAUAAUUUAUUUAUUUGACAGAGAGAGAGAGCACAAGCAGGGAGUGCGGCAGGCAGAGGGAGAAGCAGGCUCCCAGGAUCCUGGGAUCAUGACCGGAGCCAAAAGCAGACGCUUAAAGACUGAGCCAGCCAGGGGUCCCAAUGAACUACUUUUGAAAGGUAGUAUAAAUCUGAUUAGGUGCACAAUUAGAACAGUAUAACAGACUAACCCACAAACAGACUUUCGUAGAUACAUGAGGACUUAAAACAUUUUGAGGAGGACAUAAGUCAGUGGGAAAAGGAUUAUUCCGUAAGUAGGACAGGCAAUUUUUAUGCCUUGCUGGUAGAAGCGUAUAUUGUUAUAUACCCUUUAUAUAUAAAGGCCUGUUUGGCAAUCUCUGUGAAACUUCCAAAUGCACGUGGGAAAACGAAUGGAGAAGUGCUUUAGUUACUGAGAUAAAAAUCCAAGACGUGAUGUUCUCUGAGAAAAGAAGGAUGUGAAAUUGCAUGGUAGCUGCAGUUUAUAUAUAAGGAGACAAAAUGCACGUGCACGUUCACGUUUGAUUGUAUGUGGUAGAGAAGGACCUGGUAACACUGGUAGCUUCCAAGGAGUGGAACUAGGUGCCUGGGGGACAGGGAUCCCAGAAAUGAGCCUUUGCACUGUAAAAUGCAUUGGUGGUUUUUGAAUUUUUCACUUCAAAAAUCAUGAAACAUUCCAGCAAACAAAACUUACAGUAACAUGACAAUGGGGUAUUUGGAGAGGAAAAUUGUAUCAGUCAGGGAUUGCCACAGAAGCAGAAGGAUAGAGAUGUAUUAAAUGUAUUUCGAGGAAUUGGUUUAUGUGAUUGUGGGAAGUGGCUGGUCCAAAGUCCGUGGGGCGGGCCAGCAGGCUGGGCAACCUCAGGCAGGAGCAGGCAGAAGACUUCCGGUUUCCUCGUGGAAACCUCAGUGUUGCUCUCCAGGCCGGCCUUUCGGCUGACUGGAUGAGGCCUGCUCGUGUUAUGGAGGGUCAUCUCGUGCUUAAAUCCAGUGGGCUGUAGAUGGACGUUAAGCGCAUGUCCAGACUGCACAGCAGCACGGAGUUUCACCGUCUGUUGGAAAACCGGGUACUGCAGCCUGCUAAGGGAACGCCUAGAACCACCCUCCAGUCUACCCUUGUCAGCCUGGCAUCAUAGACAGCUUCUGAAAGCACACUUAACCUCCAAAUGAAGUCAGUAACCAAGUUGUAUUUCUGUGUUCAAACAUGAAACAACUAACCCACAUACAGAGAACGUGUUCGCUCUCCCCAGAAGAGGACGCAGAGUUCUUGGGCGAUGUUCACUUUUCUCCUCCGUAUAUUACAGUUUAAAUGCUGUGAUGGAAGGUUAACCAUUUUUUAAUACGUCUUAUGUUUGAUGAUAAGAGGAUACAAGAGGGAAGAAAAAAUGUGCUUAAUAUGUAUGUAUUUAUAAUACAUAUUUGUAUAUGUACACACAAACAUUCAUAACAAAACAAGGAAGAAAUGUAAUAAUCACUGUCCUUGUUUGUCCGAGUAUGUAGUUGUAGCUGGUGUUUCUAACCGCCUUCAUUACCCAUUCCAUACUCGCUCUGAUAGGGAGCACCUCGGCUGCUCACGGCUCUGCCUAAAGGGUGACCCAGACCUUUAUUCCUGAAGAAUCCAAGCCAUUGGUUGUCCUGCCUGACUUGAAUUGUAGUUUUCCGCUGACUUUAGUCACAGGACUCCGUGGCACUGAGAUCCCCUAGAGGACGUCCUGUGUUGUGAACAUACUCUUUCCUCCAUGGUGCAGUCGCAGCCCAGUUUCCCCCUGGUCAUUCAUCAGGAUCAGUCACCCUGCCAGGACCGUCAUUCCCUUCCUUAUCUGUGGAAUCAGAGGUGGGAGCCCAAAGUAGCUGGUAACGGUCUUAAUGUCCAGUUGAAUAGCUCAUUGAUGUGUCUCCUGGUGGAAGCAUUCCUCCCUCUGGAACAAGAACCUCUAGACCAGCACAGCCUAAGAACUUGGGGACACUGCCCCAGCCCAGCUAGGUGUUGCCGCCCAGGGAGUGCUGUAACUGAGUCCUCAAAAGGCCAUUCCCCCAUUCUGUCGGGUCUGCUGCUUCAGGAUGAUGGGGAACAUGGUAAAACCAACAAAUUCCAUGAGCAAUAUGAGAAAUCUAUUGCCACCAACAUCCAAAGAGGCCCAUUAGGUAUUGUGCCUCUUUUUUGGUUGUGAAAGGGGCCAGAUGCAGCAAGUUAUUUUCUACUUGACAAAGGCUCUCUUGACCUGUCCCAUACCCCCAGACCCCAGACCCCUAGAAUUUCAGUGAGGUGGAAUGCUCCUGAGUUUUUGCUGAAUUUAUUUCCCAUCCUCAAACAAGUGUCUUACCACUAAGUCUAGAAUACUUGCUACUUCUUGCUCCUUAGGCCCAGUCCACAUAAUGUCAUCAAUGCAGUGGACCCAUGCAAUGUCGUAUGAGAAGUGCGAUCAAGGUCAGUGUGGACUAAAUUAUGGCACAGGGCUGAGCUGAAGUAGGAUAGACCUCCAAGGUAGGAUAGCGAAAAGUGGAACACUGGCCAGAUAAAGCCAGCCACUUCUGGUCAGCUUUACUAAUAGCAAAAAACAUUUGCCAGGUCAAUAGCUGCAUGUCAGGGACCAGGGAUGUGUUAACCUCCUCAAGCAACGGAACCACAUCUAGAACCGUAGCUGCUGUCGUAGUCAGCACCUGAUUGAUAAUCCACUGUCAUUCUCUAAGAGCCGUCUGUUUUCUGCACAGGCCAAAUGGGUGGGCUGCACGAGGAUACAGUGGGUAUCACCAGCGCUGCAUCCUUCAAGUCCUUGACGUGACACUAAGCUUCGAAACCCUUCCAGAAGUGUGGUAUUGCUUCUGGCCUACUCUCUUCCCAAGUAGAGGCAGUUCCAGUGACUUAUGUAGCAUAUGUUAUGUUAUAUGCUAGGUGAGCUUGACCUCUUCAUAUCAGAACCUCUCCAAAAAUGACUCUAUCUCUAUCCCUGCCGAGGCCUACUCUCCAUCAUAGAGCUGUGUGUGCUUCAUGUGCGGAAUUAGUCUUAUUUACUUCUGUACAUUAUCGUGUACGUAUGUAUUAUCUUCUCCAUAUUUAACUAAGAACUUCAGGACUGGGACUAUUUCUUCAACUCCAAAUUCUUCAUAGCACACAGUCUAACGGAAGUGGGUUCUUCAUGACCAUUUAUGACAUUAAUCAGUUGUAUUUCUUUUUAAAUUACAGAUAUUAAAAGUAUAUUUAAUAGCAAAAUAUUACAGGCACAGCAAAAUGCUCUUUUUAAUAAACUUAACCAAAGAAUAUAAAUAAACAUGACAUAUUUUACAAAAAGAACAAUAUCUACUACGCAAAGAAAAACUCUUGGCUCUAAGAAAACAAAACCUGAACGCACAUCUCCAUGAGGAUUCAUUUGCAACUCCUUACUUGGUGAACCUGACAGAAUACAUUUUAACGUGACCUUUGCUUUAUCUCAUAUGAUACACGUAACAAGAUACAUUAAAAACCUUGUUGAAAUAUACAAGCAUUUAAUGUAACUUCUGAGUCUCGGAUGUUUAACAGAAGAAACUUACUUAUCAAGGUAUGCACUUGGACUGCAAAAGCAAUGUUGUAUCAGAGCUUUGCACCAUAUUCUUUUAUUUUGGGGUCUCCCUCCACUUUUAUCUCCCUUCAAACUUCUACCUAAAAAAGCAGUAUUAAUAAAGAUAAGAGAAGGGGCUAGAAUCUAUGAGCGCAGGAUGCCAGCAUUUUGUUCCCCGAUUUCAACCCCCUUAUUCUAGCUUGAAAAUACGGUGUAAUACAUCACCAUAUAUUUCAUGUGGAUUUAGUGUUGCUCCUUCAGCUGGCAACAGAAGUUGCUCUCGAAGAAGGGCUCAGGGUGCUCAGCGAUCUCAGUGCAAGGGGAUUCUUACUUCCCCUGAGCCAACAGGGACAGCUCACCCUGGGGGAGAGAUUGGCAUAGCACACUCUUCUCUGCUUGAGAAGUCUCUCCGUCUGUGUGCAGAACUGUUGGAUGAAGACAACUUGGUGCUUCCAAGUGCUCUAUUUUGUUAUAAUAAUAAUCAUGCCAAUUAUUAUUAUUAAACUACAAGUUAUCUACUACUUUAAUCCCUACCCUUGAUUUAUGUUUUCUUACGUUUUAAAACCUUUCCCCCAAAAAUGAUUAUGAGACUUUUUUAGGUUUUACCUUCCUUUAUCUUUAUCAUCCUACCUGACAUCCUACAGGACAUUUAGUUCUCACAGGUUUAUCAUUAGAAGGGAAGGAAGGACCCCCUAGAUUUCUGAGCCUUUAACGAAGAGAAAAUAAAUAACCGUGAACAUUUCCCAUUUUAGUUUUGGAAAUUGUUUUGUUUUCUGUAUAAAGAAUAAAAAGCAAAAACAACACGCCCUCCGCCCCCCACCGCCCCUGGUCUUUUGGUGUUUGCUAUUUUCGUGCACUUUCUGUAGAAGCAGUCAGAGUACGUAGCUGUUCCCUUCCUGGUGGACAGCAUGACCCGGAUGUCAGAUGGGCUGACCGUGAUGCAGAAUGGGACUCCAAGCAACUGAUGUCAACCAGUUUGGGGACUGCAGUGAGGGAAAACAAAAACCCUUCAUCUUCUCUCACAUGAGUAUUCUAUGAGUGAGCACGCCUGGGCUGGUGGUUCAUCGGUUCGCAUCAGAACGAUGAUGCUUGGUAUUCUCAAGGAGACGACGACAUCUUGAAGGGCAAGCAGUGACCCAUGAGUCCGCAAAUGUGGUGGGUUCUGCAAGGUCCAAAUCCGCAUCUGCUUUUGAUUUGUUUUGAAAGAAAAAUCCCCAGUCAGCUUUCCUCCGAAGCCUGCUGCAGAUCACAGCAUCAGUCAGGGACCAUGCCACCUUGCUCCUGGGUCAGGGCAUCCUGGUCAGGAAAGGUCUAUUUAAAGAUGAAUGACCGAGAUCGGAUUGUGCCUUCCCUUUGGUCGAGCUGCUUUCUUAUUUGAGACUGUAAUAAAGCAAAUACACAUGUGUAUUGAUUAUUGAGCAAUUCUAACAUAAACUUAGCAGGUAUUAAAUACGGCGUGCUGUUACUAAGGACACCGUGCAACUAAUCACCACGUGACAGUUUUCAGUAUGGUUUUCUGUAUUUUUCUCAGGAUAAAUAUUGUAAAUUCGUUGCUAAAACAUGUACAAAUUGGGAAUUGGCCUAACACUUACGGUAAUUCAUAAAAUGCAAUACUAUUCAAUGAAUCAAAAUGAAUACUUAGAUCUAAAUUUAUUUAUGGGAAAAAUGUUUACAAUACAUCAUCAGUGGAGUGCAUAGGUAAAGAACACUAAAGAAUGAUUACAUUUUUGUUUUUGAAUAUUUAUUUGCACAGGAGGAGUCUGAAAGUGUGUGAAUUUGAUAUAUUUUUGCCUUAACUUUUCUCCAAUAACGAUGUGUCACUUGCAUAAUUACAAAAUAUGAAGAAUAAAAAGUUGAUUCAUAUCUGAGCAAAUGUUUUAUGUGGCAAAAUAUUUCCCCACUGAAUAUUCAAAUACAUUGGGACUAUCUCAAAAUGAGUGGUAUAUUUAUUUGGAUUUCAAACUGAAAAGAUAGCCAAAAGCAAAAGUCCCAGCAUCUAGAAAAGAAUACUCAAGACAUUUCUACAUGUCAGCUAAUUACAUAAAAACAAAUUAGGAAAAAUUGUUUGUGUUUGAAAACAUCAAGGGUUUCAAUAUGGUAUUUAUAGAAAAUUCCAGAAAGCUUUAAGGACAAGUUCUUAACAACUCACUAAGUUGCAAACAUAUAUACAAAAAAAUGUAUGAGACUGGUAAAUUUUUAUAAGCACUUUGUCUUCCCCCCUGGGAGGUAUAUAGGAAGCAGAUCAAAUAAACCACAUUUUGUCCUUGAUCUUCACAAAGUAACACACUGGAAGCUAAGCUAAGUUCUUAUGGCAAGCUCCCUUCUCUGGCUAUUUAAAAGGAUUUUCUCCUAUAGAAAUAUGUCAGCUUUCCUCUGCCCUUCUGGUCGCACGUGUCCUCUUCCAGGCAAGACUGGACCAGGCUACACAUUCAACAAGGACUAAUGUACUUGAGGGUGUGAGACUAAGGCUCUGGGCCUGAGAUCCCAGUGCAGCUCUGUCCUUCUCUUACCCCCGUCUGCGUGACUUCUGUGUCUUACGAGACUGAACAGACUAUUCCAUAACCGUGCCAGUGGGCAUCCCAUUGACCCUUGGGGAUAGUCCGACACUUUCAAUAGAAAUAUGUUUGAAAUCGUCAACAUGUAAUUUCUGAGCACUGGGCAUCCAGAGGCCUUUUAGAACUCACCAGUUUCCAGCGUAAUAUCUUGAUCCACUCAUCAGCUUCUACUCCUGUCUUUGCACAGAGAUAAAACGUCCUGAAUGGAAACACUAAGC